AUGGUCGGGCCGUGGCUAUUACAGUGCUAUCACAACUAUGCUCUGCUCGUGGGUGUUACCUCUUACCGUCGGGUGGCCGGCAGUUUUCGACAGACCUGGCUGACACGCUCCUAUGCGCUGUUCCUGAAUGUCCUUACGCUUUCACUGCUGCCCGGGGCACUCUGGUUUUCGUUACACUACAUAAAGACAAUUAAUUCGUUUCCCAAUUUGAUAAUAUAUACCACAUACAUACUGUACACGGUAUCUUACGCAGCCGUUGCCUAUACCCUAAUCUCACGUGGUAGUCGGGAUAAAGCUCUGCUGGAAGUGGAGAGAAUUGUGAAUAGGUUGAAGGGCCAGAAAAAGGUACAUAAUGUGCUAGACAACGAGGGUGACUGCGGCUCUCUGGCCUAUUUAUUUCAGCUAAAACUUGGCACUAUGCUGUAUUUGUGCUUGACCGGCAUGACAUCCUGCCUGAUGAUGCCGAACAUAACUAACUGGAUGGCCAUCAUCUGCGCUUUCUUUUUCGGGAAUACUAUGAAUAUACCCCUGUUGGCCAUCUAUCGCUAUUUUCUAGCCCUUUGGGACAUUGCCUAUUGCUAUCAGUAUCUUAAUUCAGAGCUGGAGCACUUUAUGAGCUGUGUGCGCCAGAGAUACCCUACAAAUGCUGAGCUGGAGGAGCUGCAGCGACUGUGGUCACUGCACAGUCUGCUGACCCGUUGCACACUGCGAAUCAAUAAGAUCUAUGGACUGCUAUUGCUGACGACCCGAUUCGACAAUCUGGUAUUUUGUGUAGUCUAUGGGUAUUGGGGCAUACUCUUCUCCUUCAGCAUAAAAGCGCCGAUAUAUAUGCUUGUCUUUGGCGCCACCAAUUAUAAUAUGCGCCUGCUGGAUUUCUACCUAUUGAAUUUCAUGUGCGAUCAGACUGUACGUUUUCAGAGCUCGGCCCAUCAUGUCCUUAGCGAGGGCUAUUGGUUCAAGGAGCUGGAUGCCUAUGUGCUAUAUGUGUGUACUUCAAAGUUGAACCUUUGGGUUUGCGGCCUCUACAAGGUGAAUCGUAGAUGCUGGUUUCAAAUGAUAGGCUCCAUUUUUGGGUUUUCUAUAUUGUUGCUGCAAUUUCACCUGCUGUUGAAUAAAUACACUUUGUGAAGCGCUAAUU